AUGAAAUAUGCAAGCCUCCCGCAACCUCCAGCAGAGGAACAUUCCGUUACGUUUCCUCGACUCAACGAUGUCGUCUCGGUUGAAAAUUGCUUUUAUUAUCUCUCAUUGAUGGAACGAUUCCUCAAAUACAAACGCACUUUGGGACCACAACUUGUCAAAGUCAUGCUGGCUCGUGCCGAGAUGCGCUAUGCGCGUUGGUUGCGAUACUUGAAUGAUGCUUCCAAAAGCAAAUCCAAUAAUCCCAAAAUUGCUCCACCGAUUGAUAUUGGCUACAUGUGGCAUGCGCAUAUGCUAAGUCCUUUUCGAUACUUUGAAGACCUUGCACGUAAUAAUCAGCUUGGUGUUUUCAAGAGCAACCUCCCAUUGAAACUGAUGCACAGGAGUGGUUUGAUGGAAGGUCCGAGUCCUCAGGCGCUUUCGGUUUGGAGACAAAUAUACGGUAACGAUGAGCCGUAUACGUUAACCCCCGACAAUGUGUGUAUCGGCAAUGUCACUGUGGCAUGCUGUUACUGUGACAAGGACAUGUCAUGCUCAUGGGUCGAAUACACCGAGUGGCGUUUUGAUCCCAAUGUCGGUAUCCAAUGUCAUAGUUGCAAACGUGAAACCACCGUGUACAAUGCUUCAUUGAAAAAGCUUGCCAUUGAUCUGGAGAGGACAUCGUGUCGAUUAGCUGGCACGAUGCUCACACGACGUGGCAAAUUGCGCUUGUUGGAGUAUCCUGAAAACGAAGCCAUGGCCAAGCUGGUUGAGAUCGGCAACAAGAAUUUCUAUCAUCCAGGGCUAUUCGUUCCAGGCGAGUCGUUGGAUGAUUUGAUCAGCAAGAUCCACAGGUGUAGCAGAGAACGUUCUUUUGAAAAAGAUUGGUUGGAGCAUAUCCCACAUAUCAUUGGCUGUAUUCGAGGAUGCUAUCAUGGGAAUCCAUCGCCUUUCUCCAUUGACUUGAUCCAAGCUGUCAGUCGCCAACAUGAAUUCAACCAAAAGGCCAUCGAGGUGGUGAAUUGGCAGAUGCCAUUUGGUAUCGCACGGGGUAUUCGACAAUAUUACAAGUUUUUGGGCUUGAUGAAACGCUAUCCUGGACAAACUUUGGUGCCAACGCUUGAAAUUGAUCUUGCAUGGCAUACACACAUGUUGCAUCCCCAAACAUACAGAGCCUUCACCAUAAAACGGGUACGACAAUAUGUCAAUCACGACGACAAUAUCGAUCCCGCCCAAUUGGCCAAGUUUGCAGAAGGCACCAACAUGUUGUGGAAGAACAACUACAAAGGGAAAAACUUGAUCAACGACAACAAGAACGCAAAUCAACCCAUGGAUACGGGCGUUCAAGAGAAAGGCUUCUUUAGCAAGAUGCGAAGUGCAAUGCUUGGUACCAACUUGGGCGAUUUUGUGGAUGGGAAUCUUCCUGAUGGGAUCGUUCUUGUGACUCCAGGGCAAAAGGAUAUCCAUCUUGAUACAAGCUUUCACGAUCGACGGAAAGUGCGUGCUCUUUUACAAGUAUUCCACAAAUCAGGCGAUGCACAAGCAGCCACAUACAAAGCCAUCGAAGACACUGGUUAUGGUUACAUUGGUACCAUCAACUGUGCAUCUGCCAAUGUUGGCAUUGACCCAUCGGCUAAGACUACAAACAAGUCCUCUCCACCUGCUGGAACGCAAGUUUUAUGGACAAAAGACGUCGAUUAUUGGGCAACCAGGAGGUUUUGGGACAAGGUUAAACGUUCCAAUCUAAAGAAGAAGAAGUGUAACAGCUCUGACAAGAAGAUCGAUGGUGAAAUUUUCUCAGGCCUUGGCGAGCUGAUAGGAGACUUUGCCGCUAACGGUGGUUGUGGCGGUGGUGGAUGCGCCACUGGAGGCUGUGGUAGCGCUGGUGCAGGCUGCAGUGGCGGUGCAGGAGGCGGUUGUGGUGGAGGAGGCGGUGGAGGUGGUUGUGGAGGAGGUGGAGGAGGUGGUGGCAGUAGUUAA